CUAUCUAUGAGGUCCAACAUCCGUGACUUAGAUAAAUAAUACCAACACACUUCCGCGGCAUACUUUGCACUUACUCUUCUCACACUCUCUCUUCUCUUUUCUCUCUCAAUUCUUCAUCACAAAAAUUCACAACAUGUUCUGAACUUUAUAUCCAAAUUCACCACCAACAUUUCUCUCAUCAGAUCCUAGUUGCUGAUGGGAAGAAAAGGAGGAAGCUGGUUUUCCUCUGUCAAGAAAGUUUUCAAGUCUUCUUCAUCUUCUAAAGACACGACAGCGCCCGUCUCCACGCCGGUGCAGCCAGACAAAAAGAAGGAAAACCGAGAGAAAUUGGGGAAUGAAGUGGCAGAGGAGGUGUCAUUCGAGCAUUUUCCAGCAGAGAGUUCACCUGAUGAUGUAACCAAUGAGGGGAGUACAACAUCAACUCCUGCGAGAGAUGAUAGAACUCACGCGAUUGCUGUUGCAGAAGCCACCGCAGCAGCUUCAGCAGCUGCAACAGCAGCUGCUCAAGCUGCUGCUAGAGUCGUAAGAUUGGCCGGGUAUGGACGCUAUAACAAGGAGGAAAGAGCAGCAACAUUCAUUCAAUCAUACUACAGAGGAUACCUAGCUCGACGUGCUUUGCGCGCAUUGAAGGGGUUAGUGAGGCUGCAGGCGUUGGUGAGGGGACACAACGUGCGGAAGCAAGCUCAAAUGACAAUGCGGUGUAUGCAAGCGUUGGUACGGGUGCAGGCGCGAGUGAGAGCGCGACGACUUCAAUUGAGCCACGAGAAUGUUGAGAAGGAAAUGGAUGACUGUGAAGAAGAAGAAUUUGUGAGACAGCAGGAGAGUUUUACUAAGCCUAUGAGUCCUAUGAGAAGGUCUUCAGGGAUUAGUAAUAAUAAUGGCUUGGAUCAUAACAAACGUCAAAGUAGCAAAAAAGCUAAAGAAGGUGAUUUGAAAAAACAUGAAGCUGCAAUGAAGAGGGAAAGAGCUCUUGCCUAUGCUUUCAAUUAUCAACAGCAACAGCAAAAGCAACAUCUACUACAUAGAGAUAAAAAUGGUGAAGAUGUUGAUAUGAGAAGCUAUGAUCCUAAUGAUAAUGAAAAAGGCCAAUGGGGUUGGAAUUGGUUGGAGCGUUGGAUGUCAUCACAACCCUACAAUGCAAGAAACUUAGGACAACGUGAAACCUCUUACAUGACACUACCUUCCACAACAUCAACAACAACAGAUAACAUGUCUGAAAAAACGGUUGAAAUGGACAUGGUUGCAACACCAAGUAGAAACAACUUCAAUAUGGGCUUAAUGGGCCAAGAUUUUCAUGAUGCAAGUCCAGCUUUCAAUAGGGUCCAUCAGAGACCGCCAAGCCCGGGUCGACCUAGUUACAUGGCCCCAACUCAAUCUGCUAAGGCUAAGGUUAGAGUUGAAGGCCCAUUUAAGCAGAGGGUUUCAUCUGGGCCUUACUGGAACACGUCUACGAAGGGAGGAUCUGUUAUUGGAUCGGGCUGUGACUCGUCUAGCUCGGGUGGUGGAACAGCUACUUAUCAGAUUCCGAGAAGCCCAGGCCCGAGAGUUAACGGUGUUCGUUCGCAGUCUAAUCGGAUUGUGGGUAGUAGUCAAGAGUUUGUUGAGGAUUGGGCCCUUCCACUUGGAGCCCAUGGUUGGGCUUAAUUUGCUUUUUGAAAAAUAAUAAUAAAGUGUUUAUAUGUUCUUUGAUUGAAUGUAUGGUAUGUAUUUGUAUUUAUGAAGAGUUUAAUAAUGCUUUUGUUAUGAACAAUUUUUUUGGGAUUGUAAUAUCUAUUGAAGAUAUUUAAUAUUGUAUAUCACAUGUAAGAUGAUGAUGGUAUUUGCUUUUGA